AAAUAUGGCUUAUCACUUUCGUUUUUUAUUACAAAAUACAAGCAAUCUAUUUGAAACAUUUUCUCUCCUUUUGUAUACUUAGGUUAGGGAAUUUCUUUCCACAUUAUGAAAGCGAUAUCGAGCAAACCAGCUGAUCUUUUUAAUCGAAUAAUCUACCAUUGCCAAUUUAAAAAUAUUUUCGAAAUUGUUUUUAAAAGUAUUGAAAAUUGCGCGUUCGUGACUUAAAAUAUCUCCUGCGAUCCUCAUAUCAUCCUCAAUCUACCUUUCUUUUUAUACAUCUUUAUUCCCAAUCAUUCCCAUUUACCCCGAUAUUUCCCUGAACCAUGCGGUCGGUGAAUAAUCGGGUCGCUGUUGUUUAUGGCGGGAAGAAUGGUCAAUGAACUUAAAAUUUUCACGCGUUUGUGAGCUAAUUCUGGCGCAGAAAACCUGGAAAUCGACGACAUAUAAGAAAUUCAACUUCUCGAAGAGGCAUUUGGCGUAAUUUCAUUAAAGAUUUGAAGCUUUUUGUAGCGUAAAUUAUGUCCAUGCUUACAACGUGUCAAGCGCGAAGUCCUCCUGCUGUCGAAAGCCCGCCAAGAAAGAAAUUCAAAUUUUCGCUAAAGUUAAAGGCGAAAAAGAAGCCUAAGCCAAAGAAUCCGAUGGAAAGCGACAGCGAGGGUGAAAGCAUGAAAGAAAACGGGGAUUCCACGAUGAAUUCUGAGAGCAAAAGGCCUGUAAGUUCGCCUGUGGAAAAGUCAACAAAUGACUUGACAGAAGCGAAUACUACAUUUGGAUUUCAAGUCGAAACUGUCACACCACCGUUGCCUUAUACGGGCCUUACAAACCUCGGAAAUACUUGCUACCUCAACGCUGUCUUGCAAGUUUUGAGGUUUUGUCCAGAAUUUUUGACAUCACUUGCAAAUUUGGAUGAAAUAUGCGCUCAAAAUUGUGCAAUGGAUGCUAACGUGACAAGUGAAGGAGACAACUUAUUGGGUGAGGAUUUGUUACCUUCAAGUAGACCAAGCAUUAUCCACAGUAUACAUAAGCUUACAAGUGCAAUGAAAAAGGCUGAGGAAAACUAUGGCAAGUUUGGUUUGGAAGCAAAUGAAGUAAAGAACCGUUCAGGAUGGACCACUCUUGCUGUUCGUCCUCAAGAUUUUGUCAGGGAUUUCAGUGGUCUGUGUCCACUAUUCAGUGGCUAUCAACAGCACGACGCUCAGGAAUUUUUACGGUCGUUUCUUGGUCUAGUUGAGGAUGAAUGUGUUGGUUUAGUAAAGGGUGAGCAACAAGGGAUUGUGAAAGUUGGUACCAACCUAGCUAACAACAAUGAUUCCAAAGUCCGUGGAGGUUGUAAAUAUCCAAGUACCAUCAUUAAUGGUGUUAUAAAAACCGAGGAAUUACCUACCAUGGCCAUGACUACUGAUAUAUCGACCAGUUCACAACCUAACUGUGACGAAGGGUGGAACGAUGGUUUAAUCAAAACUAAUCUUUACACAGCAACACCCAAGUCACUUGCAAAUUGUAAACCAACCUCUUCGGAAAGUGUAAACCUUGUAAAGCGCUUAUUUGAAGGAACCCUGUUGUUGCAAACAUGCUGUUUAACAUGCGAAGGAAUUCGUCAACGUCACGAGAAUUUUCAAGAUAUAAGUGUGCCAGUUCAGAACAAGAAGAAAUCAAGCAGUGAUUGGGAACAUGGAAACAGCCUUUCUGAUUCCGAAGACGAGUCCGAUCGAGAGAUAAACUUGUCCUGGGCGAUAUCAAAGUUUGCUUCAGUUGAACGAUUAAACGGUGAUAACAAGUACUUCUGUGAUAAUUGUGCAACUUUGACAGAAGCUGAUAUCAGUACGUAUUUUGAGAAGCUUCCAAGAGUGCUUACAAUUCAUUUGAAACGGUUUCAAACUUCUUACGGUAACCAAAAUCUCUACACCAACAGCUGGGUGACCAAGGUUACGAGAAGCUUGCACACACCACAACAACUCUCUUUAAAGAAAUGGUGCAGUGAAACUUGCUCAGAGAAGGAUGCAGUCUACCGCUUGUUUGGUGUUGUCAUGCACAAUGGAAUGUCCUCUUGCAGUGGCCAUUAUCUGAGCUAUGUCAAUGUUGAUAUUUUCAAGAAGAAUGCUGACGGUAGGGGGAAGGUUAAUGCGGAAGAAUGUUCCGGUGCGGUACAAUGUGAAGUAGUGAGAAAUAGUGGCCAUGCAAUGGAAGUAGAUGACAGUUGUUUAUCCACAAUCGACCAAUGUUACAGCACUGAAGUUCCAAGUAUGAAUGGUCACAAAUAUCGCCGAAACCAAAGGGUUAAAUGUGGAUCAACUCAAAGCAGUGCUACCAAGGUUACAAACAUUGAUAGCAAGGCUAAUGAUGAGGUGAGCAAGAGCCACGCGUGCAAGGCACGAGAUUGUGAAAGCAAUUCUUCCGGGGGCAUGUGCGAUGAAAAAACUACUUUUGAUGGCCAAAGUAACUUGAAGAAUGGACGUGGGGAAAGCGAAGAUUUGUGCUGUGAGAAACGUGUAGGGAUGGAAGUUGAUAACGAGGACACAAACCUAGAACCAUUAAAAGAUACUUCAAAACAGAAUCAAAUUCCAAGAAGAGCUAAUAUUAACGAUGUUCUUGGGAAGGACGUUAAAUUCAAAGGAAAAGGAAUUCAUAGCGGGCGGGACGCAAAGGACGGCGGAGGUUCGGGCAAUUCCUCAGAUGAGGAGGAAGCAGCCUCUGCUAGUUUUACUCGUAUACCUUGUAGUAUGGACAUUACCAGAUUUUUUAAACCAAUACCGAAGUCGGGAAGUUGUAAAACCAAAUCUCGCGUGAAUGUAGAAAUUUCUGAUCAAAGCUGUACACCUGAAAGCAAUCAUGCACCUUUAGACACAAGAUCGAGUCAGUCUUCUGGACAAGAAGGUGGAAAUGAUUCCCAACCGACAGAUUCUGUCGACUGUUCAACAUCCACCAGCUUUCAGAUGUCUCACGAUUCGGCCUUUGAUACCAUAAAGAAAAAUGACUUGUCUCCAAAAGUUAGAUCUUCGUGUGAACCGACAAGUUCAUGCGGACAAACUUCAAAUAAUGACGACUUGCCUACGUGUGGUUCUGACUCAAAGUCUUUCACGAAGUCAUCCGCCCAAAUUGAACCAUGUGAUGAACUGUGUUCCAAUGAUAGCCCAUCUGCAGAUGAAUUUGUAAAAGUAGACACAGGGGUGGCAACGUUGCAGGACCAAGCAAUAACCAGCGCUGAUAUUAAACACUAUUCCGUACCGAAUAAUGCUUAUUCAAAUGAAACAGCAAACGACAAAGGUACCUAUAGAAAUAAUACUCAAAACUCGAGCAACUCGCAGCCUUCAAACUCACAGGGUUUUACCCCAGUCUCAGAUGGCAAAAGCUUCCAAUAUGAAGAUUGCUCCAUCCAAAGUAACAUUGAUAGUUCUGAAAGGCCAAUAUCCACUUCGACCUGGUUGAAAUUCGACGACGCUGAAGUUCAAGAGAUCAGUGCUAAGGACAUGGAAGAGAUUUUGUCACAAUCAUCCUCAUGCUAUUCAACCCCGUAUUUGCUAUUUUAUUACCAAUGUUAAUAAUACUUUCGCUCAUACGAUAAUAUUUAAAUUUGUAUUCGUCGAGUUUUAUAUUAAAAGACCCCUUCUUAUUUUUUUGUGUUCAUGCGUGGAUAUCAACCUGCGCUCGUGAGGUGAUAAUUCAUUUUUUCCCCACGAAUUUUUCUGUAAGAUAUCUAUAAAACGACAUUUUCAUAUACAGCUCGUGACAGGUCGUACUCCGUACCUCGUACCCAAUCCAUCUACAUGUUGUGCAGCAAUAUGAUUAUUCAUGGCUAACUGUACUCUCAACCAAUCAACUGGAGUGGGGGGAUUUAAUUCUUUUAAAUAUUUAUUUAUUUAUUUAUCUUCGCCUAUAAUUACACAAUCAACAACACAUACACACAACCAUUUCUGUCCUGCCCCAAAACGUGUAAACGUCAGACAUUUGUCGAUGUCUCAGUGGUGAAAAACCAAAAAAUAUGCACUCUUGAACGCUGUCUUUGGACGGUUUAAUUACAAUUGAUAUUAAUAACGUGAAUUUUAUGAGUUGAGAAAUACGAAAAAUUGCUCAGAACUUGACGUAAACCUUGUCAAACUUGUGGAAUUCAUCAGUAUGACUAGCCUCCACGUUUUAAGGUUGGAUAGAAAGGUGACAGUAACAAAAGGCGGGGACACCACAACAGCAUAAAACCAAUUACUAUAGGCCCUUGUAUACAGACAACACAUAACAUAUCUGUAUAAUUAAUACUGUACAUCUAUUAAUAGCAACACUUUAAUGGUUGCACAAGUUUGCGUGGUGUGUUGCAUUUCAAGCACACAUUUCUUGGGAAGAAUAUUCCUACGUUUUUUCGGGGAAAAUAUUUCAAUUGAAAAUAUCAUGUCUCUUGACUAAGCCUAAGGACCAUUCUAGUUAUAGUGAAACAAAACGAAUAAACCCGCAAUGAAAUAACAGCGUUUUUUUAAAUUGGAACCAAUCAAGUAUAUCGCAAAGUAAUUCGAUCUUUGUAACUAUGCUAACACCAAUAUUUUUUUUAUUCAGUCAAAAAUAAUGAUCUUUGCAUAGUAUACUGUUUAUUAAUAUGCAAAUGACGAAAUGAUUCUGCACGAAUGUAUUUCUACACUUUUAUUGCAUUGCAUUUUAUUGCAAUUCUGUGCAUUUUGUAACACUGUAUAUACUGUAUUGCUUGAAUAUUCCGAGUUAUUCACAAAUACAUCGUAUAAUA